AUAUCAACACAUUUGAUAGAUGGAGACUAUAAAAGACGAUGGAGUCGUCUUGAACUUGAAGUUAUUAAAGAGAACUCGUUUCUACCAUUUGUUCAAUCCCAACAGCAAAAAGAUAUGCAAUUGGAACGUUUAUCUAAUAACAAUUGUUUCGAUAACUGCGGUAUCACAAGUUGUACCGAUUUUAGCAAUUAUUGGUUUUUCCGUCAAGGGGCUUGA